UACUGCGAUGGGAUCCUCUGACAGCAAGCAGUCUUUUCGGAAUGCUGUUUGUCAGCUCACCAGUAAAACUACGCCAAUAGAGGCGACAGACGAUGGAUUUUGGAAGCAGCUCAUUUGGAAUGAUGCCAUCCACACACCAAACGACAUCUUCACUCUCGUUGAACCAGAAGAUGUUCGUACAAUGAGAGACACGUGUCCAUCGAAUCUUGCCACUAUUUGCUACAAGGCAGUGGAACAUUUGGUUGCCGUCUCAUCAGGGUUAUCAGCUAUAUCAACAGCUUCUGACCAGAGAGCAACAUUGAAUUCUGUGAGACUAUUGAUUAGAAUUUUGCCAUUUGUAUUUGAAGAUCCGAAUUGGCGGAACUUUUUCUGGUCAACAAUUUCUGACAAAGCUGACCAAACAAAUCAAGAUACAGGAGAGACAUCAUCACCUCUAGCUCACUCCUUGUUAUCUGCUAUUGCUAACUUGUUGUUCUCUCCUGAUUUCACAGUCUUGCCAUCAACAAAAGCAGGACCGGAUAAUCCAGACGACUUAACUUCAUUUGACAGUUGUGAAUUCAUUUGGGAGGCUGGUGUUGGAUGCAGCGCUUCUCCUGGUUCAAAUGCAAAGCUUGACAACAAUCGAGCAGAGUUACUUAAACUGCUUCUCACAUCAUUCUCAGAAGUCAUAUAUUUGCCUCCUUCAGAUGCUUCUCCUGUGAAUCGGUGGGUGUCGUUCUUCACAUCAGGAGAGAACAGACAUGCUCUUCCUCUGCUGACUUCCUUGGUCAACGUUGUGUUUGCUUAUGAUCCAGUUGGAUAUGGCUUACCCUAUUACCAUGCUGUAGUGGUCGAUUUUCGAGAGAGACUCGUUGAAGUUGCUGUUCAAAUUUUGAUUAUCACACUAGACAACGAAGGCGAAGCAUCUCAGCCAGGAACAAUAGAACCAGGAACAACCCAACCAGAGCUUCAAUUUCAAGAUAAUCUCUUUUGCCAUUAUGUGUCAAGAUUGUACAGAGAGGAGGAUUUCCACUUUAUUUUGUAUGGGUUCACUACUCUUCUCAAUAAUCCACUUCUACAGACUUAUUUACCGAAUUCUUGCAAGAAGAUCCACUUUCAUCAAGAACUUCUCAUUCUGUUUUGGAAAUUGUGUGAUAUCAACAAGAAAUUUCUGUUCUAUGUGUUGAAGAGUAGUAAUGUUCUAGAACUGCUUGUUCCAAUUCUUUACCACCUUAACCUCUGUCGGUCAGACCCUGCCAAGACAGGCCUCAUGCACAUUGGAUUUUUUAUUCUUCUAAUGCUCAGUGGAGAAAGAAACUUUGGUGUUCGUUUAAACAAGCCUUAUCAGUUGAAAGUUCCUAUGGAUUUACCUGUUUUCUCAGGAACUCAUGCAGACCUUCUCUUUCUUGUGUUCCAUAAAGUGAUAACAACAGGACAUCAAAAAUUGCAGCCUCUUUAUGAAUGUCUGUUGACAAUCAUGGUCAAUGUGUCGCCAUACUUGAAGACUUUGUCACAGGUCACGAGUUCUAAGCUGCUGCAUCUUACAGAGGCUUUCUGCACUCCAUGGUUUAUGUUUGCCAAUUCCACCAAUCAUCAUCUUGUCUUCUUCCUCUUAGAAAUCUUUAACAACAUGAUACAAUAUCAGUUUGAUGGCAAUGCCCAGCUUAUCUACACAGUGAUUAGAAAACGAUCCAUCUUUCAUGAACUCGCCAACCUUUCCACAGACCCUCAGUCAGCUAUCAAGCCACGUAGAUUACUACAAGGAGAUCAUCCUGCAAGAGAGACAAGUAACCAAUCUACAGCCAAGCAGCCUGUUGCUUCAUCAGAUGAUGGACAGACACCAGCUGCUACAGCAGUAGAGGUGGCACAGACAGUUCAUCCUCCUACUCUUGCUCGUGAAGGAUCAACUUCAAGUCGAGCUGCCGCUGCUGAAAGUGACAGUGUGCCUCAAGACAGAUGGGUUGCUACGAAAGAGUGGAUACAAAGCUGGAAACAGAAACUUCCACUGCAGACAAUAUUGCGAUUGCUGCAAGUUCUCGUUCCUCAAGUGGAGAAGAUUUGUAUUGACAAGGGACUCACGGAUGAAAGUGAGAUUCUUAAGUUUCUACGCCAUGGUACUUUGGUCGGUCUGCUGCCUGUCCCUCAUCCUAUUCUAAUAAGAAAAUUCCAGCCUAAUGCUGGCACGACUCUUUGGUUCAGAACAUAUAUGUGGGGGCUUGUGUAUCUAAGAAAUAUUGAUCCAGCUAUUUGGUAUGAAACAGAAGUGAAGCUGUUCGAGAUCCAGAAAGUGUAACCAAGAGAAGGGUUUGACUUGCUUUGUUCAUAUAUAUCUUGUAAAGAAACAGACUGUGGAUAAUGUCUUCCUUAGUAGCAUAAACAAUUAGAGUUGUUUAUAAGUCAUGGUGAGGAACUGAAUAGCACAUGUUACCACUGACAUGGGUCAGCUUAUUUGAGUUGUGAUGUCUAGAAUACAACUUAUCAUGUAAUUGCAAAAUUAGAAAAUGCUAACAUGCAAAUGGAUAAUUACUGA